CCGACAUGGUCUACCACGCCCUUUCAUCGACAAGGGUCGGCCGCUUUUCCGAUCAAGAAAUAGUGGAUUGAGUCACUUUACAAAAAUCGGGGUAUCACUCCGAUGUCUCCAGAUAUAAAACCCAUCGGGACUUACUGUGUAAUACACGAACAUAAGCAGUUCAUCACUCGCUACCUCACCUUCAGUAUCUCAAAAUGACCGCCUCAACAGAAUCCCCCUCCACCGCCCCCUCGGCCCCUCUCACCGACGAAAAAGUCGCCAUGCUCAACACCAAUGAAGUCAUCGCAACCUCCCAACUCCCCAGUCCCCCUCUCCGGGGCCGUAUCAACGCCGACAUCUCCAUCGCUCCAGCCUACCUUGCCGAAGACGACACCUUCGUCAACAGUCUAACCAACCUCAUCAAUGAAAUCUACACCGACGCCGAACGCGGUUUCUGGUCCAUCGACCCCUUCACCCGCACCAACCCGGCCGAGGUCCGCUCCUUCAUCACCAGCGGCACCCUAGCCGUCGCAUGGCUCCCGGGCUGUUCACGGGGGUGCAUUGAGUAUCUGUUGGGCUGCGGCCGCGUGCAACUCUUGCCUCCUCCCGAACCCUCCUCCAGGACCCCUUCCCAUUCCAACCCUGAUCCGUCCUCACUCAUCGGACAGUUCGGAUGUUUAAUCUGCCGUCCUGAAUACCGGGGUUCCGGAGUGGGGAGGGACUUGCUCAAGUUCGCCGAGGACUGGACGAGGGAGAAGGGAGGGAAGAAGAUGCAGGUGGAGCUGGUGGUGGGAGACGGGUGGGAACAUGAGGAGAAGACGAAGCUGGCGGGGUGGUACGAAAGAGCUGGGUACCAAAAUGUCAAGGAGGUAGAUUUGUCUGAGGGGAUCCCGGAGCUGGGGCCGUUGUUGGCGAGGAAGGCUAGGUAUAGGGUUUACCAGAAGCCUCUCUAAAAAGGGGAAUGGAGCAUGGAGUUGGGCAGAUCAUGAAGCGGACAUGACAGGAAGGAUGUUGGUGUGGGCUGUAUGUGACUGUACUAUUUCUCUUCACAUUCAUCAGAUCGUUGUGGUUCGUACACGUACACUACACUCCGGGUAUCUCAUCUAUUCCAUCCCCUUACUCCAAAUAGAUCUCC